AUGACUUCUUUUACACACUUCAAAGGGGAUUCCGAUCUCGAGAGCCAUCUGAAGCACUUCAAAAGUGUUAUGAUUCUCUAUAAGGCUGAAGAUGUGCUGAUAUGCAAGCUUCAAGGAGCUAGCUUUCGUCUUCACCAUGGAGUAUACUUCUUAUCGGACGAUAAAAAAGAACUCUACUACCUAUUCAACCUAUGCAAGAAGCAUGACAAGUCCCUCCGAGACUACAUCAAAAGGUUCAAGACGGAGAAAGCCAACAUUGUGGGAUGUGAUGACCUGUAUCGCGAGCUAACUAUUGCUCCCAGCCAAACACUGAUAGAGACAGGUCAGAGAGGUGAUAAGCCUAGCAAUCAGAAUUGUGGAGGAAAGCGCAAGGCACCAUCCCAAGGUGGUGCACCGGGAGAUGAAGGCUAUACAAAGUUCACUAUCCCAAUACAUCAAAUCUUAGCUCAAGUGAAAGACAAGCCCUGGCUGAGGAGACCACCAACUUUGAAUAGAGAUCAUGACAAAAGAAGUAUCAACAAGUAUUGCGCUUUCCAUGGAACACAUGGGCAUGACACAGCUAACUAUCGAUCUUGGAAGAUGCACCUCGAAGAGCUCGUAAAAGAAGGCCACUACACAGAGUUUAUGGCAAAGAAGGCCAUCCAGUAG